AUGUACUUUUCCAAGACACAGAUCUUAGCUAUCCUUGCAUUCACAGGCGCCGUUGCGGCCUCGCCUGUUGCAUCCGUCAAGAAGGUUAACCACAGCGGUACUCGUGUUGUUCGGUUACAAACACACACCGAAGAAGAUAUUGCUGUCAUCAAGUCGCUUGUUGACAAUCUGUAUCUCGAUACCUGGACCCAUGGUUAUAAUGUCAAUAGCCAUGUAGACGUGGCUAUUCCACCGAGUGCUCAAUCGGAGUUCGAUAGAAUUUCGAAAAAAGCCGGGUUGAACAUUGAGGUUAUGCACGAGGAUCUUGGAGCUUCGAUUGAAGCGGAGUCCCCAGUCACUGUUUCGCAGGCUUCUUCGAGCAGAUUGGCCCUCCAGGCUGCCAAUGCUCCUGAUCCAAACUGGUUCACGGCGUAUCAUGCAUACGGUUACCACCAAACUUACCUUUACAACCUGGCCACCUCGUACCCAAACAACGCAGAAAUCGUGGUUGCGGGUCAAUCUACGGAAGGUAGAGAAAUCGUUGGCAUUCACAUCUGGGGCAAGCAGAAGGGCAAGACCGCUAUUGUGCUUCACAGCAAUGUCCAUGCGCGAGAAUGGAUUACCUCGAAAGUUACCGAGUAUUUUGCCACUAAGCUUCUCCAAGCUGGUACCGUUAGCAAUGCAACUGCUGCGAUUUCUUCGAUGCUUGACAGUUACGACUACUUCAUUUUCCCAGUCGUCAACCCAGACGGAUUCGUCUACAGCCAAACUACAGACAGAAUGUGGCGAAAGAACCGCUUGAGACUUAGUUCCAAUUCUUGCAUUGGAACUGACGUUAACAGAAACUGGGAUUACAAGUGGAGCUCUUCUGGUGGUGCAUCGACCAACCCAUGUGCCCAAGAUUUCAAGGGUCUUGGUGCCGGUGACACAGCCGAAUACAAGGGCCUCUCGGGAUUCCUUAAAGACUUGGUUAACACAGUGGGCGUGAAGUUGUUCAUUGAUUACCACUCGUACUCUCAGUUGAUUUUGUCGCCAUGGGGUUAUACAUGCAAUACCCCUGCGCCAGAUGAAGCUGAGCAUCUCCGCGUUAUGAAGAUCUGGGAAGCGGGUAUGCGCAGACGAUACAAGACAUCGUUCACAUACGGACCGUCUUGCACUACGAUCUACCCUACCACUGGUGAUUCAACUGAUUACACUUACGGAGCCUUGAACAUCAUCCACUCCUACUCCGUUGAGCUCAGAGAUACUGGCCGAUAUGGCUUCGUCCUUCCUGCGAACCAGAUCAUUCCAAGCGGUGAGGAGGCCUUUGACGGUUUCCAGGAUCUUGUUCAUGCAUUAUAA